CGCGGUGGAGAGGAGGAGAGGCUGGGAGGGAAACUCCCUCCUGGUUAAGAACAACUGUUUCACUCUGUAAGCUUCAUACAGAAGAUACACUCUCACUGCUGCACGGGUUUGAGACGCUCACCAUCUCCCAACAGGAUGUGAACAAGAGCUGCUACAGAUUUCAGGACUGGAGGAGAAUCCGCCUCGCCUCUCCGAAGGAUUACAAUCAGGAAACAAUUUCCUGGAGUUAUUGUUUCUAAAAAAUUGGAUUAAGAGAGACAUCUGGAACCCCAGAGAUGUGUGGGUGGAAAGCAGGUGUGAAUGGAUGAAUAAGUACUCAAGGAUGACUGGAUAAAAGCUUCAAGCAGUGUUUUUUCUCCAGCAGAGGAUCCUCUGGGGGUAUCUGGUUGACUCGCUGCAGGUGUGAGCCUCGUUUCCUUGUGAGGUCGAGGAGGAUUGGGAGCAAGAACUUAAUGACACGGCUCUCAAAUUCCACUCCAAUCUUUGCAGCACCUGCUCAUCACUGAAAUUGCUUUCCAUCCUUCAAGUUUAUGACUUCAAAGAGAGCACCAACCUUCUGUAGAGGAAUUGUUUGUCUGUAUUCAAAACAAAUCCUGAGCUUGUAAUUAUGCCCUUAGUCUUAUUAUCUCUGUUUCUCCUGCUGCACGACUGAGAGGGAGAGGGAUCAGAUUGUGAGGAGGGUUUUUUUUUUUCCUUCUUCUUCAAGAUUAGAGAAGGUAGACGAGGGAGAGAGGAAGACAGAGGGGGAGGGAGAGAUAAACAGAGGCAGUUUUAGGCAGUAAACACGUCUCGUCCAGAGGCAGCUUUUUCUAAACACAUAAAUCAGUUCAGAGUUUUUCUGUAGAGACUCUGAAACGGGACGAACAGUCAAAAGAGCAAAGAGAAAACACUGUGGUUUUCAGUCUGAAAACACUGGAAAGAACAUAAACUGAAACCUGUGCAGCUGAUUAUUUUAAAUAUACAAGUUUUGUUUUAAAACAGUAGAAGGAGAAACAGGAGCAGACCACAGCCAUGGCUUCAGAUGUCCUCCACGGCUGCUCUUGCAGAAAGGUAAAACAGCACACGGGCAAAAGCUGCUCCAGCGUCCAGACCAUCUUCACCUCCAGACCCCACCGGCCUCUCCUCCAACGCAGGACCCUUCUCCUCCUGCCCCUGCUGCUCCUGCUCUUCCUCUCCCUUUGGAGCCAGCAAGCCGAGGCCGUGGUCCACUCCAGCUUCAGGCGGCUCAGCGGGCGGGAGAAGAAGGAGAUGCAGAAGGAGAUCUUGUCCAUCCUGGGACUACCUGGGAGACCAAGACCCCACCCGCCGCUACGCCCUCCAUCCUCUGCACCGCUCUUCAUGCUGGACCUGUACCACGCCAUGUCCAUCGACGGGGAGGAUGAUGGCAAUGAGAUUAUAAUGAGCGGACCUGGCAUGGGGAGGUUUGGAGGUGCAGACAGGUUAACUCAGGUCAGCUACGCAGCACCGCCGACCCUCAGCACACACACGCCUCCUCUGGGGACGGUGGUCAGCGAGGCCGACACAGUGAUGAGCUUCGUCAACCUGGUGGAGCAGGAGCGAGACCUCCUGACACCUCGUCCGUACUGGAAGGAGUUUCGUUUUGAUCUGACCCCCCUCCCUCAGGGGGAGACGGUGACAGCAGCAGAGUUUCGAAUCUACAAAACUCUGACGAUGGGCCAGAGAGCAAACAGAACGCUUCACAUCUCCGUCUACGAGAUCAAACGAGAGAACAGACACAGAGAACCAGAGCUGGUGCUGCUGGACAUGCAGUCUGUCCCUGCAGGUCAGGAGGGCUGGCUGGCUUUCGACGUCACCUCCGCCUCCAACCACUGGCUCCUCCACCCACGAAGCAACCUGGGCAUCCGUCUGUACGUGGAGACAGAGGAGGACCGCUCCCUGUCUGCAGGCUGGAUCGGGUUGGUGGGACGCCGUGGUCCUCGCUCCAAACAGCCCUUCAUGGUGACGUUCUUCAGGGAGAGUCAGAUCCCCUGUCGGCCUCCUCGAGCUGUCAAACCACAUCCUCGCAGGAAGAAACCCAAAUACGACCUCCCUGUUCCCAGCAUCCACAAUCGGAGUCCUGUCAACAACGGAGGUCAGCCGUGUAAAAAACAUGAACUCUACGUCAGCUUCAGCGACCUCGGGUGGAAGGACUGGGUUUUGGCCCCGACUGGAUACUCAGCGUAUUACUGUGACGGAGAGUGUUUUUAUCCUCUGGGCUCCUGCAUGAACGCCACGAACCACGCACUCAUCCAGCAAGUGGUCCACCUCCUGAAGCCCGACGAGGUUCCUAAAGCAUGUUGCGCUCCCACCAAACUCAGCCCGAUCUCCGUCCUCUUCUACGACGACAACAACAACGUGAUCCUCAAGAAGCACCGCAACAUGGUGGUUAAAACCUGCGGCUGUCUAUGAGGAGGAAUGACUGUUACCUGUGAGGAGUGCAGUCCUGAGUUAACUCAAAUGUUAAAGGCUGGAUGAAGAACAUGAACAGCUCUGAUUUGGGAUCAGUGUCUAAUUAUCAAAUUCACUGAUUCCAAUUCAGCGCUGUGACUCGCGCCGUCUUCAUAUAACAGAAUCUCUGCGUCGUGAGUACAAACUUCAGGGCGCUCUGCUGAAUCAGACAUAAAUGUACACAAUGUGUCGUCUAGACGGUUUAACCUUUGACCUGAAAUGUUCUCCAUCAGCUUCAUAUAAGUUUAUAACCACAGAGUUCUCUCUGCAGAUUUUUCAACAUUGUAAACAGCAACCAACUCUCAGAAUCUCAAGCUAUAAAGGGCAAAUGAUAUUUAAUGGCAGAACAUGCCGUUAGUGAUGCCUACUUUGUUUUUGUAGGAGAAAAAAAAUUAAAGUUGUAUUAAAUUAAUAAAGAAUAUUCACUAUCUCAUGACUGCUGGUCUGAGAAUUAAUGAGGGACUAGGAGAGAGAAGGCUGUACAAUAAUCUGUAACGUUUGCUAUUCUCAUUCAGGUAUACGUGUAGUGAAAAUGAAAGCAUGAACUCUUCAAAAUAAUGUUUUAUAUAAAGUUUUUUGUCUUUA